AUGGUCCCGCUUGAGGGCUCGGUAAUGCUCGUGCUGCAGCGGAGCACCGCCAUGCUGGACUUGGUGCUGGGGAUGAAGGGCACGGUGGACAUGAGCAGAGGAGAGGAGCUGGAGAAGGGCUCUCAGGAGCUGAACAACGCCGUCAGGCUACUGGAAGAGGCGGCCACGGGGUUGAUGAUGCAGAACAAAGAGCUCGUGUCCCAGGUUGAGAUGAUGAGGGGGGAAAACGAGUCGCUGGAGCAUCAGAUUCUAGAACUUGAGCUCAAGCUGAAGAACAAGGACGAGGAUGGGUCGUCCUCGAAGCCUUCCUUCAUGAACAAACCUCGGCUGAGCUCCCUCGCCAAGUAUGUGCCGACGAUGAAGUCUGGGAUAGAUAAGGCCCAGUACGACCAGAAAUGCGCAGAGCUAGAAGAGAGUCAAACUGCGAAUGAGACGUUAAAAGAGGAACUGGAGGACAAGACAAGCGAGCUGAACGAGGCCCAAGAGGAGUUGAACAAAGUGACGAAGGAGCUCGGGAGAAUGCAGGAAGAAUUCCAGAAGCUGAAAGAUGAGGAGGAGAAGAACCGUGCUGAACUCGAAGCGAUGCUGGGAAAGAUGGCAAGUAUGGCCCCUCCGGAGAAAGUGGACGCUGAAGUCCAGUGCGAGAGAGCUGGAGAGGAUUUUGAGGGGAUGAAUCAGAAGCAGGGCAGCCUCAAUGACAAAGAUUCAGCUUCAAGGAAUGGAGAUGAUGAAGAGCAGAAGAACGCGAAGGCGGCCAGCAGCAGAGCGCAAAGAGAUGCGCAGGAACUGAAGAUGAAGAGGAAGGAGGCAGAGCACAACCAUCGACUACUGCGAAAGGUCAGAACUUUCGUUUGGGAAGAGGAGGAGGAGGAGGAGGAGGUGGUGGUGGUGGUGGAGGAUGAGGAGGAGCAUAACGAUGAUGAUGACGACGACGACGACGAUGAUGACAACGACUAUCACGAUGACGAUGACGAUGACAAUUUGAUGGAACAAGAUGAUUGA